CAGCUGUUGCCCAGUGCUGAGGAACAGGUCAAAUUCUUAAAUGCUCUAGAAAAACAGACUGGCCUGUCAAAUCAGCUGGACCCGUCCCUCCUAGCAUCUGUACCUAAACUCUCCUUGGCGGAAGAGAAUAACGUGCCACCGACUGGCACUGGCGGUGAUGACUCCCGCCGAUCCUCCGUCUGCACUGAGCCCAGUCAGCCACCCUCACCAUCAUCGCCGGUGGUCGCAUGUAUGCGCGGGCUGGUUCGCAUUUACGAUCUGGGGCUUUUCGCAAAUGGCACUUUCCUUUUCCUGUCGACAGCUUUCGUCUUUGUCCAGUUGGCCUACUUUGUACCCUUCGUCUACCUCUUUGGCUACGCUGUCGAAAGUCGGCUCCAACGAGGCGAGACUAUGAUCAUGACUACUGUUAUGGGUAAGUCUUCUUUUUAG